AAUCCCCUGCCACUGUAAAACCCAACUCAGAAGUAAGAUAGAGAGAGAGAGAGACGAGAGAGGAGAGAGAAAGCUGUGAUAUUCUCUCUGCUUUCCUUUCCAUUUCCUUCCUUCUUCACUUCUUCUGUGCUUCUCAGCUUUCACUACACACUUCCCAGAAGGAGAGUACAUUGAUUCCUUGAUUGAUUCUACCAGCUGACCCCUUGCUUGACCAGGAUGAGCGGCGAGGAGUCGAGGAAGAGCAAUCCCGGUGCUCCGGCGUCCAAAUCCAGCUCCGACGACCGGAAGUCCUCCGCCACUGGCCCCGUCGGCCGCAGGAUCGUCAUCAAGAGUGCCGACAUGAAGGACGACAUGCAGAAGGAAGCCAUCGACAUAGCCGUUGCUGCAUUUGAGAAACACGGCGUGGAGAAGGACGUCGCAGAGCAUAUAAAGAAGGAAUUCGAUAAGAAGCACGGUCCCACUUGGCAUUGCAUCGUUGGCAAGAAUUUCGGUUCCUAUGUCACUCAUGAGACGAACCACUUUGUUUACUUCUAUUUGGACCAGAAAGCGAUAUUAUUGUUCAAAUCGGGUUGAAAGUCAAUGUUAGUGGUGAUUUUGCCUUGUUGUGGUAAAAAAAUGUGACGACGAUCAUGGACAUUGGAAAAUAUGUGGCUCACCUUUAUCUGUAUGUAAUACUAUAAAUAUAUAAAACCUGUUCACGACGGAAUGCCUUUUGAAUUGGAAUAUGAUAUUCCAGCACGAAACUUGUACAUCUUCUGAUCAUAUUCAAAUAUUUGGUCUUAUAUUGA